AUCCCACCCCGGCCCCGGAGCCGCCCCUUCCCCAACCCCACCACCCCCCCACCGUCCGGCGAGGAACCCCCCGGCGCCAAACCCAGCGGGACCCCCCCAAAGGCGCACCAGCCGCCGGGAGCGCGGCGCCGGCAUCGCGUCCGUACCCCUGCGCGCAGUGCGGGAAGAGCUUCGGCCGCCUGACCCACCUGAAGACCCACGAGCGGACGCACACGGGGGCGAAGCCGUACGGCUGUGCCGCCUGCGGCAAGCGCUUCGGCCACCUGUCCACGCUGACCACGCACCGGCGGCUGCACACCGGCGAGCGGCCCUACGGCUGCGGCGCCUGCGGCAAGAGCUUCACCAACCCCUCGGACCUCAACAAGCACCGGCGCUCGCACACGGGCGAGCGGCCGUACCCGUGCCCGGCCUGCGGCAAGCGCUUCAGCCAGCAGUCCAACCUGACCAUGCACCGGCGCAGCCACACCCAGGAGCGGCCCUACCCCUGCCGCGCCUGCGGCAAGAGCUUCAAGUACCUGGCGGACCUGACGGUGCACGAGCGCUCGCACACGGGCGAGCGGCCCUUCCCCUGCGGCCACUGCGGCAAGAGCUUCAGCAACAAGUCCUCGCUGGCCCGGCACGCGCGGAUCCACGCCCGGGCGGCCGCCAGGGACAAGUGAGGGAGGGUGGGGGGCGUCGGUGGCCGCGCGGUGGAGUUUUGGAGCCCCAUGAGGAUGGUGGGUGCCGAUGUUGGCGCUCCGUGGUGCUGGAGAUGGGAGAGGUGUGGUGGCCCCAGGACUGUCCUGAGGUGGCUCAAACACGGAUGAGGAUGGAA